AAAAAGUGCUUUAAUGUUUCUUUAUAAUGAAUAGACACAAAGUUAUUUACAUAGUAUAAUUUAAAAAGUGUAGCUUCGCAUGGCAUUUGCUUGUUUAAACUGGCCAUUAAGGUUUCUUCUGUUGCAUCGUUCAGUUGCAUCUAUACUGUAAUGCUUUGCGUCAAUUAUUCCUAAACCACGCAUUUCAUCUUUUUUUGUUUCAUAUGUUUUGUUCAAAGAUCGAACUUUUCUAUUUAGAAGAUCCAUCCUACUUUCGUAAUCGGCUUGCUUUAUUGCAGAAAAAAUAUGGAGAUAUUCGCGCAAAGGAGCCGGAAAAAACAAUGCAUCCAGAUCCAAUUGCAGUGAAAAAAACACCCGAAGGCUUGGAAACUGUCGACAAUAACCUCAUUCUGACUUCAAUACCAAAACCACAAAGUGCUGAUAUGGAAGCCAGCAACGAGAGGUCUGGGGAGAGUUCGACGGAUCUUUCAGAACUACGAAAGCGACUCGAGAAAAUCAAGAAAAAAGCUUUAUAACUAAAAUCAGCUGUCUUACCUAUUAUUAAGUAAAUUGAUAUAAAUGACUUUGUUCAUUCAAAUUUUUUGUUUAUAUUUAAAUUAUAGUGCUACAGUUAUGUUCAUUGUUCAGUUUGUAAUGAUGCAAGGAAUAAAAUUAAAAUCAAUA